UGUGAGGCUUUCAGUUGGUUUUAAUCCGGAAAACACCCAAUAAUCUUAGUGUCAAAAUGUCCCAAGGAAGACUUAUAGAUCAAUGCUCUAUUGUAACCGGUGGUAGUAGUGGAAUAGGUCGGGCGAUCUGUCAAGUUUUUGCCAGGGAAGGCGCUAGUGUUGCAGUUCUGGGCCGAAACCUACAACGACUUUCGGAAACAAUGAAUACUUUGCCAAUAAAUCAUGGAAAUAAACACUGCAUAAUACAAGCUGAUGUGAGCUCGGCUGAGCAAGUAGCAAAAGCUCUUGAGGAAGCAACGAAACAGAUCGGAAGAAAGGUUACAAUUCUUGUGAAUAAUGCAGGCAUACUCAGAAAUGAUUUCGUUGACGAACUCAAAGAUGAAGUUUUUGAUGAAAUGAUGAGAAUAAAUUUGAAAGGACAUUUCCUGAUGACCAAAGAAUUUGUGAAAUCACUAUCGGAAGUGGACAAAACUCAAGAAUAUUGUUGCAUAGUCAAUGUAUCCAGCCUAGUUGGCAUAAGAGGUAUCCCAACAUCGACUGGAUAUUCAGCGACUAAAGCAGGAAUAAUUGGAUUAACGAAAUGUAUCGCAUCAGAAUAUUCGAAACACAAAAUCCGCUGCAAUGUUGUUUUGCCGGGAUUGAUUGAAACGCCUAUGAUUGAUUCAAUAAGGGGAGAUGUUAAAGACAAUGUUAUUGCACAAACACCAAUGCAAAGAUUGGGGAAACCGGAAGAAGUAGCAAAUUCCUGUUUGUUUCUGGCAUCCAAUGAGAGUUCGUACGUUAAUGGGGCUUGUCUGGAAGUUACGGGUGGAUUGUGGGAAUGAACAUAUUAUUCAAUAUUUUUACUU